CUCCUGACCUCUGGGACACCGAACAGGAGUUGAAUGGGGACAUGGCUGUACUACCAGUGACUGUGCCUUUGGAUGGAGACUUUGCCAGACUUGAGUCUCACAGCAAAGAGGACUUCCAGAAGAUGUUGGCAGAGUGGCAGGAGCAUCUUGGAUCCAUGGAGGUAUCUGACACUGAGGACAUGGAUGUGAAGAACAUUGUGGGGCCUUGUGUGGGGAUGCCUCAAAACAUAUCUGAGCAUCUUCCUGACGACAUAUUUGAAGAAGACACAAAAUCUUCGAUUUCAUCAGGAAAUCAAAGUUCACCAUUGAAGCUGGAGCAGAAGUCAGCUUUCACGAGUGUCCCAGUUAAAGACGAGUCAGACAAGAUCAGUUUGGACAGUUUCAUAAAAUGUGAGGAAGGUGAUGAUGGCUUGGGCUUGGCAGUGACUGAGGAUGACAUGGCGAUUGCUUCUGCGGAAACAGCGUUAUCUGGCAUAAAAUUUGAGCUGGAUGAUGACUGUAUUGAUGUGGAAACUGUUUCAGAGCAAAUCCCAGUUUUGGAAGCUGGUGAUUUAACAAGUCUCCUAGAGCAGUUUGAGGCAUCAGAAGCAUUCAACUCAAACAGCAACAGCAAGCCAUCCGUUCUUGACACACAUUUGUAUGCAAUGGCAACACAGCAGUUAACACCAUCCACACCAAAAGACUUUCAUGUGACACCAACACCUACUAAGGGAAAUACUUCCAUCCUCUCCCAUCAAAAUAUCAAAGACUCUUUGCCAAAAGAAGUCAUUGAUAGGAUAAAGGCAUCUGGACGGAAGAAAGUGAUACCUUUAAUUCCUGCGAUGCCAAGUAAGCGGUCAGGUAGAGGAGGCACGCGUAUGCAGGAUGCCGGGGCGGCGCUUAGCAGAAACAAGCUGUUGAAAAUUGUGUCUGGUGGUGGAGGUGGGGAGUCUGUUCAGUUGGACCAUGACUAUUGUACAGUAUCAACAAACAACAUGGAGGUGGCUCCACCGCCUCAUUCGUUUUACCACUCGGACGCUUCAGAUUAUGUCGCAGAUAAAAUGAACAUCCGUCACGUUAAUGAUGAGGACACAGUUAGAAGUAACGUGAAGUCUUGUGAUGAAGAGAAAGUGUACUCUCGUCUGCCUGAAUAUUACAUGGUACUUGCACCUCACAGAUUAGUAGAAAAGAAUGGCACACGAGGUAGGAAGGUAGCUGUAAGGGAUGAUGAAUGUUGGGGUGAAAGUAACUCUAAGAAGGAUAGUGGGCUAGAGUCAGGAGAAGUUAGUGACGCUAGUGAGGAUACUGCGGCCUCGCCUAGUGAUACAGUUCAGCGUUGCAAUAAUAAUAAUAAUAAUAGUAAUAAUAAUAACAUUAAGUGUUUGUCACAGGACCAAACUGGACGGAAGUCAGUCACACUCAAAGAAGCUGCUGCGAAGACUUCUCUUUUAGCUUCCAGUGGGAAGAACUGUAGUAAUGUGCUUUCUGUUAAUGGGAGAGAUUAUCACAUAGCUUCAAGUAAUGUUAGUGGUAGUAAGCUUGCAUCGAGCAAUGCAGAAACUGUGUGUCUGAAGCCUGGUAAAGAAAUGACCAUGAUAUCUGUGCUGAAAAAAUGCCAGAUAGCGAAUGUGCCAAGUUCUUCUGACAAACAUGUUCUGAUGCAGUCAGAUGUUGGGGGUGGUCAGAGUUCAGCAGUCAGUGAAGUUACAGCCGUUAAAGACCAACAAGGGCCAAAGAAACGAAAAUUAAAUCUGCAGGAAUACCGUAGCCGCAUCAAAGAACUCGAUCAAAUACGAGGUAGUAGGGAAAACAGUUGUGCCAGUUCCCCAGUCCCUUCUCCAUCGUGUUCAGCCUCCGUCGUCGGGGGCGCAAGCAUCGCGGAGGACGCGGACUCGGCUUUACAGGACGGUUCCUGCGGUGCGUCGACAGUUUCGGCCAAACCAGACGCAUGUUCUGGAGGUUCAUCAGCUGCAAAAGAUGCGGGUCCUGUCACAUGUGAGACAGCAGUGCGGCCCAUGAUGCAAAGUGUGGAGGUGCAGACUGUAUCUGAUGGUGAAGUGCCUGUAGGGAGUGAAACAAGGAAACAUACCCAGAAAGAAGAUAAGAAGGAAAGAAGAGGCAGUCAUAGCAGAGAUAGGCGUAGGCGCCAGUAUAGGUCGCGGCGUGCCAGCAGCUUGUCAAGCAGCGGAUCUUCGUCUUCUGGCAACUCGAGGAGACAUCACACACGUUCACGCUCGAGGCAUCGGCGCAGUUGGCGCCACAGUCCUGCUGGUUGGUCAAACGGCUCGUCUGGUUCUCGAAGUCGUGGAAUCUGGUCUCGCUCUCCAUCAUCAGGCUCUGCUAAAUCUUGCUCAAGCUAUUCAUCACGUAGUAGGUCAAGAUCCCGAAGCAGCGGUGCCAAGCCGUCUCGUAGGAGUCCUUCAGGGUCAAGCAAGAGAUGGCGCCGCUUGCCACAGUAUGAUCAGUAUGGAAGAGACCGCAGGAAGUCUGAUAGAAAUUAUGCAGUGUCUCGUAGGUGGAGGAGAUCCCGGUCUCCACAGCAUGGCAACUGGAACAACAUGGCUGAGGACUGGCAGUUGAAUGAGCGUGAAAAGCAAAGACAGGUGGAGGAGAGACGAGUGAUUUACGUGGGUCGUAUUGAGGAAGGAACGUCGAAGGCGGAGUUGAGGAGACGGUUUGAAGUGUUUGGUCGCAUUUUAGACAUCAGUGUUCACUUCAGGGAGCAUGGUGACAAUUAUGGCUUUGUCACUUUUGCCUACAAAAUGGAUGCAUACGAGGCUGUGGAGCAUGGAAAUGAUGACCCUAAUCAGCCACGUUAUGAUCUUUGCUUUGGAGGUCGACGGGUUUUCUGCAAGACUCGGUACUCUGACUUAGAUGGUAUGGCAACUAGAAGUGAACCUUUGUCCGGUCUGAAUGGAGACGUGCGAGGGGCACCAGCAGUUAUCAGUAGUGGCAGGUCUCAGAGUGAGAACUCUUUUGACCUGUUGCUGCGCGAAGCACAAGCAAAGCUGCACAAACGCAAGGCUUGACACAGUUGCAUCCCGUUAACAUAUUUACAGACUGUGGGCCCAGUUAUUUGGUUUUGAGAAGUCUCAUUAGUUGUGGCAAUUUUUAAAUUUAUUACAUAUCUAAUAAAGAAUGUGAGAUGUCUUAUAUUUAUAUAACCUGGACUGAUUUGUGUAGACAGCCAGUCAUUUUAUGCAGCAGUGUAAUAUCUGUGCUGUAUUAAUCAGUAUUUUGUAGUGAUUCAUUAAUCUUAUUUAGUACUGUGUAAUGUAGGGAACUAGUUUGGAGAAUGUUCUUAGAUAUUAGCAUCCAGAAAUAUUUACAUUUCUCUGUUGAAUGAUUUCCUGUCUAUGAGGUUUGGUUUUAUGGCAGUAUAAAAAACUAUGUAUUUUUCUGUUUAUGAAGACUACAGAAAACAGUAGAAACAAUACGUGAACCAGAAUCGUUUCUUACGUAUGUAUAUCAGUGCCUUUUUAUAGGAUUUCACUAUUUUUUUUAAAGUUUAAGUAACGAAUGUUCUCAUUUGAAGACAUUUUUAUCUUGUGUUGUACAGAUACUGCCUUUGAAAACUUGCAAGUUCACUCACCAACCUACCUCAGAAUAUCACGGUUGUUUGUAUAUAUAUUGAGCUAUAUAGUCUUGAGACAUUUACAGCAGAUUUCAUUAAUAUAAUUUUCAAGAAACAACUGAAAGCAUCUUGGCGACGAGUAUGAGGAAAGUAUGCCGAGUUUGAAAAUACGUGGAACAGGGCCGAUUUCUUGAUAUGUAAUUAUGCAAGAGUUGCUUCAAAUAUUUUUAUUUAACGAUACCUUCUCUCUGUUUCACUUUCAUACCAUUUUCUUGACACCGAGAUUUAACAAAUCUUUUAACUCCACAGGAGCACGCUUUUCGUGCCCCGACAAAUAUUUUCUUUCACAGUGAUGCAUGUUCUGCGCACACUGUUCUGUGCCAUUCUUUCGUGACUGAUUUGUUGACUGUGUGAACAAAAUAAGUAUCUUAGUAGAUAGAUGAAAUUGCAGGCAGACAUUCAGUGUUAUUAUGGAUUGAAUAUCAUCAUCAUCAAAUUUUUCAGAUCUAAAUAAUUUUAUUGACACUCUGGCGUUAAUGCAAAGACAGUCCCACUCAUUUCAGGCAAGAAGAAUAUUAUCCCUCACUAAGGGUGAAGAAGACAAUUUAUUGACUUGAAUAUAAAAAUCAGCUUUUUUAAGCAAAUUCUGCAAACGUUGCUCACAUUAUUACUUGCAAAUCCACAACUAUGUUAUGUGCUUCUUAUAUACAUGGUGGUCCAAAUUGUUCCUAGAAUUUUAAUGCUUUAUUUCACCAAAAUGAUAAGGCAUAAAAAUAUUCAAAUAACCACUCACAUCAGCAUCUCAAGCCACUUUUAUCAUCGUGUGUUCAGUCUCUUUGCUCUUGAAUGUUUUUAAGGUUGGUUUCAGUCGUUGCCGUUGAAGGCCUGCCACUUAGAGUGUAACUGUCCAAAACUGGCAAUGUCUUGCGAGAUUUCGUUACAGAGUUGAAUAUCUGCUACUUUGUGCUGUACAUCUGUACAAAAUGGAAUGAAAACAAAUGGCUCGAGUACUAUGGUGUGUCAGCGAGUUUCUUCCAAGUAUAAUUACUCACGAAAGAAAUUGAGUUUAAACUUGGUACCUACAUUUUGGACCACUUUAUGUACUGCAUGUCCGUACUUGUUUUCUGAUAGCAGGACAUGUUUAUCAGCAAAUCUUUGGACUAGGGAUGUCACUUAGUGAAGUACAUGUAGUCGCUCAGAAUAGAUCAUCAUUGAUUGUUGAAUAACGUAGCCAAUGAAAUGUGCCCGCUGAGGAGUGAUGUGUUAGCCCUUUGCGUACUCAAUGUCCUAUGCUUGUCGUUUAGUGAGCAUUAGCCGAGUUUUAAUGCAUUAGCAGGUCUGUGUGAAUGUGUAUAACCACGGAUGUGCAUUGUGUGUGCAUGUGUACGCGCACACGCGUGUUAGUCAUUAGAAGAUAACAUUUUAUAUGUGUUUAAAAUAUGAAUGUUUUACUCAGAACUAACCUGUAGAAGUUCUGUGUAUUAUUUUUCAGUUUGUAUAAAUGAUUUCUUAUCUCAGUUGUAUUAACUUUUGGGAAGACCCCUGCAUUCUGACAUUUAUAGCCGUACGAAUUAUGACAGAACAUUUGUUACCACAGUUUCCUAUGGGAGAGCUGUUUGAUUUUUUUUUAAAAAAAAUACAGAUUUAAGUGUGAGUGAAGGUGCUUGGGUUGAAACUACAAUUCACUCAAGGUACUGUGGAGGUUUGUAAAUUGGAAAGCUGUUGGAUAUUUAUUGCAGAUAAACUUAACAUACUUACUCCUAGCUUAAGAAGUUCAGAAAUAUUGCAAAAUGAUGUAAUUUCAUUAGACAAAUAACAUUUACAGUGUAACACUUAAUAUCUUUGUGUGGUAUUGACCCAUCAGUGUAUAAUGUCGAGCAGUGCUCAAAUGUUGCUCGUUCUGAUGACUGAUUCUCUGUACUGAAUUAAGCAAAGUAUUUGAAGUAUGGUUCCUACAGCCACAUCAGUAAACUGUCUUAACUUAUCAAUCUCAGCUCGGUCUGUAUAGUUACUGGUUACAGACUGGACAGCUGAGGUUUAAUCCCUGACAAAGGCAGAAGAUUUUCCUCUAGCCCCUGCAUCCAGACUGGCUCUGGGGCCCACCCAGCCUCCUGCCCAGUGGGUACUGGGGUUUUUCCCCUAAGGGGUAAAAGCGUGGCUGGGAGAAUUGAGUAUGAGCUAAUCAGUGCCCACAUGGCAUGAUUCUGAUAAAUUGGAUCAUGUUUAUGGAGGAAACUGUGCACAAUAAAACUGAUUUAUUGAAUCGUUGUUACGUUUUUGAAACCUUGCACAUCUGUUGACUUGGUUGCGAUAAGCUGCAACCGAGAAGAUGGCCAUCUCUGAACUCGCUGCCGUGAAAUCCUCGAGUCCUAUUCCAUUUCAUAUUCUUUGCUGAAGUUCGGUAGACAUCAGCACCGAUCAGAGCAUGCACAAUGUGAGCACUGCUCUGAACUUCACAGUGUGUGAUGUCUACAUCGAGACAAGCAGCGCUUGGAAUUAUAUGCUGAUGGGUAAUGUAAGUAGAUCUCAUGAUGUUUGUUUCUCAGUUGCACUAUGACUUCCCUUCACUUUUGAAAGAACAAAUAAAUUAUUUUUUUAGUGGAUAAUUUGAAUGAGUGUGCGUGAGGUAAUGUUACACAAUUUUAUUUAUUGCACUUCUUGUACUUUCAUAUGUAGUGGAAAGUGUUGCAUAUGGCCACUUCUUUGUGUGAAGAAGUUUGAUUAAAAGGGGGGGGGGGGAAAUGUGUUGUGCUGGAAACAAGAUGCCCUGUACUUACAUUCAUGAUUUCUAUCAUCAUAGUUUCAGCCAUUUCUGUCUGUUCUGAACUGAAAGAAGGAAACAACUUUGUGUAAGACUUGAAAUCGCCAAGGCAAGGUAACUGCGACUGAUAUUGAGUGUAAUGAUUGUCUGCGCAAGAAGAAGAUUGAAUAAAUUUUGUUACUGUCAUAUCUUUUGUAAUAGGAAAAUGAAAUCAAUUGAAUAAUUUUUAAAUUUAAAGAUAAUUUUACAGCUAGAUAAACUGUGUGUGUAAGUGUGUAAGCUCACGAGGAGGAAGAUCCACAGAGAUUUGAAAUUAGAUAACAUUUCUUUAAUCACACAUGUGGUAGCUCUCUGAUAUGUGUUUGGGCCCUAAAUUAUCUGACUUGAUUUUCCCCUUAUAUAUUCUACCUGGUUUGUGUGAUUCGUUGCUGUGGUGAUGAAUGGUUUAGCUUACCCACAUUAGAGUAAGACUUCUGUGGUGGUCAUAGAAACAAUAUAUUAUAGGUGCCCUAUCACAUGAAGCACAAUGUAUUUUCUUUAUUCUGUUGAUUGUAUACAUUUUGUGAUGAAAUAACAAAUGUUUUGGUAAUUCCCAUCAUUAAAAUAUUGUGCACUUACGAACUCAGCGAUUAAUAAAACACCUAGUUCUGCAAAAGCCUGGGACUAUCUUUAUUAGCUGAGCAACUAUUAGCUUUUCAAGAAUUACUCUGCCCCCUGGAGUUAGGUAUCCUCAGUUAAACUUAUACAGUAAGAGUUGAAAUUGAUGAACCUUAGAAGAGUAAUACGAUGAACAUGGGGAAAAAUGUCUGUACAUUUCAUUGUCUCUACCAAGAAUUGUUUCAUCCUGCUGAGUUGCUCGCAUGGUGUGGGUUAUUAAAAGAGGUGGAAAGUAAUAGGUAAGAAGAGCAAUUAGCGGACCGUUUUGCCUGGGAACAUUUGAAGGGCAGAGGAACAGGAAUUGUUGAACUUGUGCUCCUAUUAAAAGACGAAGGGUAAGUGGUAGCUGUACCUGGUCUCUGCAGAUGUUAAAUACUGUAAAAUAACUUAUUUAUGAGGAUGAUGCUUUUACAUGUACAUAGGAUAAAAGCAGCUCAAACAGAUUAGUUAAUUAGUUAUGUGUCUUGCGUAGUAUAGAAAAUAAAAGUGAAUUACAUAUGUGAAGAAUACAGUAUUUAAGGUGUUGCUGCAAUGCUUCACAUUCCUGUCAGGGACCUAAUCCUGCGAUCAUUAUUUGUUUUUGGUAAUGGAAAUCACUCCAAAAUGGAAUCCUUGUUCUGUGAAAGAUGGGAAUAUAAAUUAAUCCGAAUAUCCAUACCUUCUAAUAUAAGGAAGUUGGAAGCGAACAUUGCAGCAGUAUGCUGUCUUGUGAGCGUUCUGAAUUUUAAGGAGAAAUGGCUUCCCUGAAGUGGAAUGCAGAAACAUGUAGAUCCUUGUCGUUCAUUCUCUAGUAACUAUUAGUGUUAUUUUUUCCAUGCUACGUGUUUCAGCUAUGUUUUGACCAUUCAGUUCAAAAUGUUUUAUCUUCUUUUUAUGCCUGUGCACCUAAAGGUAUGCAGAACUAUCUUUUUUAUUUUUUUUUAAAUUCUGAAUUGGCAUGAAACUUUGUCCCUUGCCCUAGGGGAAGAACAUAUAUUGAGGAUCCUGUUUUCCAUGGCUUAUAUUGGAUUUGCUUUUAAUACCAACCUGUGUGAAUCUUACCUAUGGGAUGCUUAUGCUAAUCCUUUUGGGAUUCCACUUUUGUAAUAUUUGAUUACAGAGAACUCCUGUUGGGUAUUGUACCUUGUUUUGUAAGACAUAACAUAGAGACUUGUCACAUACCGUUUCUAUUAAUCAUGUUUGUGUCUCAGCCAUUAAUUUAAAGUUUCUGAUGGAACUGUGUACCAGCUGUCAGUGGACAAAAUGUUUAAAUCAUUUGUGAUGGUACUAACGGGCGUCAGUGUGUGUGACUGCACCUGGCAUGUAUCAUUGCCACGACUGUUAUUGUUUUUUAAGUUAGCAGUUUGCUUAAAUCAAGGAUAUAAAUAGUAAAGCAGAUGCAAAAACACAAAUAUUAGACACUUUGGUUUGUUCAGUCUCUCUUUUGAAGUGAGUUGUGGGAGGCUGGAACAUUAAGUUUGUUCUAGAUAGUUUUGCUUGUGUACAAAUUUGUAUUUCAGUGCCCUUAGAACUGAGAUUUGAGAAAUUUUGUGGUAAAUAGAACUUAGUGUACAGGGAAACCAAGGACUGGUGUUAUAUACAUGCACAGGUGGCUGCUUGAGAGUGGAAGGGGUCACAGUACCGAUACCAGUGAGGGGACGGGUGGCAGUGUGCCUAUCUCUAUCCCCGCAGGCAUUCUUCUGCUGUCUUGUCUGAUCCUGUGGGACAGACAGUGAAGUAAUUUGUGAUCUGUUGCAAAACAUACUGAUUCAUAAGCAUAAUUUAUAUGCGUGUAAACUUAUCAGUAAUUGAAAUUAUCACAUUGCAGAUAGAUGUUUUUGGAUUGGAUUGCUGUAUGUGGCCUGACACUCAACACACACCUUACAGACAUUAAUUUUGUGUGUUUCUGCACAUCAGUUACACGAGCUGUUGGUUUCCCUCUAACUUUUGCUAUG